AUUCUAUUAUUGUUAAGCUAAAGUUAAGUAGAAAAAUAUUUGUCUGGUCUCUUUGUAGCUGUAAAGAUCAGAUCAGAUCAGAGAAUCGGAGAUCAGAGCGGUGGUGGAUGAAGACGCCGACGACGGUGUUUCCUCUUGCAGCCAUUCAAAAGCUACUGAAGUCAAUAUGGGGGAAAUGGAACAUCCAAGCCAUUGUUGUGGCCAGCCUUGCCUUCCAGGGAAUACUGGAAUUCCUUGCGCCGGUGAGAAAACGGAGCAAGAAAAGCUCCACUCACCUGAUUAUCUGGUCUGUGUAUUUGCUCGCCGACUAUUUCGCCACUUUCUCCAUUGGUCUCAUCAACAGCAGUGCGGAAGACCUCGGGCCCAAAUCGUCCCGCAUCGCCGCCUUCUGGGCACCCUUCCUCUUGCUCCACCUGGGCGGCCCUCACACCAUCACCUCCUUCGACUUGGAGGAUAACAACUUAUGGCACCGCCACCUCCUCACUCUCUUGGUUCAGGUUCUCUCCGUUCUCCUUGUUUUCUACCGCUUCCAAAUCUAUAUCUACCGGGAAUUACUUAUCCCCACCGGGAUCAUCUUCUUCGCCGGGAUUAUCAAGUACGCUGAACGGACCCGCUCCCUUUAUAUGGCAUCUCUGUCCCAUAUGAAAAAGUCAAUGCUGGAAAGUUCCAGUGAGGAUACCCUCUCAUACCAGCUAAAACCAACCUUUCAAGGAUCAGAGGAGGCGGUGGAUCGCGAGCUGGAGAUAAUCCAGAUGGGGUACACCUACUUCCAAUUCUUCAAAGGAUUCAUCAUGGAUCACGGGUUUAGCCACAUCGAGGGGAAAUUGGAGGCCGUCAAGGACUUGUUCAUGACGCUGGACCACAAGGAGGCGUAUAAAGUCCUGGAAAUUGAACUCAAUUUCAUGUACGAUGCCUUGUUCACCAAAAUGGCGGCGGUCCAAUGGAUGAGUUCAUUCGGGUAUGGAUACCGGUUUGUGGUUCAUGCUUUACUUCUAGCCGUCGCGCUCAUAUUCGUCUUCUUCCCCAAGCUCCAAGCUGACGAUCUUGAUAUCUCUAUCACCUAUCUCUUGCUGGGCGGUGCGAUUUUCUUGGACUUCGUAGCGCUCGCCAAGCUCGUGUUUUCUUUGUGGACUGUAGCUAUAAUGUUGGAGGAUGUGGAGAAAUGUAAAGCAAGCCCGGGAAAGAAAGAGAGCUGGAUUUCUGGGCUGAAGAGAAACCAUAAGAUAAUCAAAACAAUCAAGGCUAUAACUACCUGGAUUUCCUCGAGGCGUCGUUGGUCCAACGAAAUCCGACAGUACAGCUUGAUCAAUCACUCCAUAAAACAAGGGUGGCCGUUGAUUGAUCCAAUCGCCGAAAAAUCCGGGCUCACCGAGCGGCUUGACGCGUGGCGGUAUACUAUAACGGAAUCGGUUGGGUGCGGCCUAUUGGAGCAGGUUUUCCAGUACAUCAAGAAGAGGGCGGAAACCGAUGAGGCUAAAGACGGCGGCGGCGGCGGAGAACUGCCGCCGACUCGGGAGGUUCGUUAUAAGGACUACGACGAUUGCGUGUUGAUUUGGCAUGUUGCUACGGAGAUAUUCUAUUUCAGCAUAGACAGUGGAAAGGAGGAUGAUCCAAACCGGAAAAUAUGCAGAAAUAUCUCGGAAUAUUUGGUGUAUUUUCUGGUGAUGGAGGGGAAACUCACGUCGACAGUCCCCGGGAACAUAGGGAUGAGAUUCAGAGACAUUUGUUGGGAAGAAGUUAAACACACACGUGAGGAACUCAAGGCCAGGUUAGACUCUGCAGCUGUUAUUGGGAAAAACAAUUAUUUCUUAGAUUACAUCAAACACAUGGCCUCUGCAAAAAUGGAGGACUUCAAGGAUUUCUGCACCAUCACCAACUGGAAAAACAACCAUGCAGAUACAGAUGCAGAUACAUGUGAUAGGAAGCGCAGCAGGUUGGAACAAGUGAGCAGGAAAUGGGAAGAUAAGAAGCGGAAAGAUGCUUGUAAAUGGCUGCUAGAUGGGUUUCCAGAAAAGGAAAACAAAAGUGAAAAUGAUUAUUACCUAAAGUCGAUAUUGCCGGAAGCUGUUAAACUGGCAAAGCAUUUGAAAAGCUGCUGUUGCAGCCCAGGUGAUGUUGAAAAUCCAGCAGAAGAACAGUGCAGCCAUCAUAAUAAUCCAAACAGACCAGACGACAAUAGUUGUUCGGAGAAGGAAUUGUGGGAAAUUCUGAGACAUGUGUGGGUAGGGCUGCUGUUAUAUGGAGCCAGCCAUUGCAGAGACGACGUUCAAUAUCUUAACAAAGGUGGAGAGCUUCUUACGUUUGUGCGCCUUUUGAUGGUUCAUUUUGGCCUCACAGAUGCCUUCAAAAUUGAAGGUGGAUUCAAACUUGAAGCGGAAUUGCACCAAGUAAUUCAUCAACAUAAAAACUUAUUACAUUUCCUUCCUAAAAUUAUCUCUAAUUUUUUACCUUAACUCUUGUUUUUGUAUUUAAAAAUUAUAUGCCAAUUUUUUUUGGAGGUCAACAUGCUAAAUUUGUAAUAAAUAACAUUUUUCAAAGAUUGAAUUUUGUUGGAUGAUGAGGAAACU